CACCAGCACCACCACCACCACCAUCAUCAUCAUCGUCAGCAUGCCUCGAGGAUUCUUGGUGAAGAGGAACCGGCGAUGUUCGGCGUCGUAUCGAGCGCGAAAAAGCAACAAAGUUGCCAAGUGUGACGAUGACAAGAACCACGAGGCAGAAGCUGAGCUGUGCGAGCCCGAACCCGUGAAGGAGAACCACGUGUGGGGCGUCCCGAGUCCCGACGUCGCGCCCCCGCCGGCGCCCCGCGAGGACUCCACGGGAGUCACUGAGGUGUGGAACCUGCACGUGGAGUCUGCGCUGGAGGCGGAGUCGGACCGACGCGCGCAGUUGCCGGACUCCGAAGUGGACGUUGUGUCUCCCGUGGGAGACUUCUCGUGCUUCUUCCCACCUCCGCCUCCAUUCAUUGAAACCCGGAGCUCCAGACCUCUGGCGCCGCACGGGGAGGGAGAAAAGGCGGCGUUGUUUCCAGAGACAUGCCCGUCCUCAGCCCCGGAGACUGACUUGCCGUUUUUGGUGAGUUCAACGCCGAGCACGCACUUUUCCCCUUACGGUCCCACUACGAACGACAUGGCACGCCUGUUAAUGAACCCCCAGCCGCAGGCGCAUUUGGGAAAACGUUCAUUCCCGGAGGCGAACAGAGCCAGAGCCAGAGCCAAAGCCAAAGUGAACCGCAAACUUACCUUCGAGGACGAAGUCACCACAUCUCCGGUUUUAGGUCUGCGCAUCAAGAAGGAGAGCCCGGAAGGAGCAGGAGCAGGGGCGGGGGCAGGAGCAGGAGCAGGAGCAGGAGCGAGGCGACACCACCGCGACAUGUCGUCCGGAAGUCAGCCGCUGGGGGAGUUCAUCUGCCAGCUUUGCAAGGAGGUGUACGCCGACCCUCUGUCCCUCGCGCAGCACAAGUGCUCCCGCAUCGUGCGCGUAGAGUACCGCUGCCCCGAGUGCGACAAAGUGUUCAGCUGUCCCGCCAACCUCGCUUCGCACCGCCGCUGGCACAAGCCGCGUCCACCGGCGGUCGUCAAUCCAGGCCGAGGGCAGACAGCAGCGGCGGCGGCGAAUAAACUCGAGGCGGACGGGAAGGAGAACGAGUUGUUGGGUGGCAAUCAGCACCAGGCGCUGCGGGACAGUUCCGCCCCCGACUCCUCUUCAGCUGUCUACCCGCACGAUAGCCCCCCUCCGAGCCUGCUUCUGUUCAGCGGAAGCUCGUACGAGCCGCUAGCGUUUGUCCGGGAAGAAGAAGAAGAAGAAGAGGACGCGGCGCCAGUGUUCGAUUGUUGCUACUGCGGCAAAAAGUUCCGUCGGCAAGCUUACCUGAAGAAGCACAUGGCAGCGCACGAGAUGGCAGCCGGGCCGUCGCCGCCCACUCCGAGCCGCCAGGUCGUGUUCGCGUGUCACCUGUGCGGCGCGCGCUUCCCGACGGCCGACAUUCGCGACAAGCAUCGCGUAUGGCACGCAGUGAGAGACGAGCUCCUGGCGAGCGGAGGAGCCCACGGCUUCGGGGCGGAGGGAUACGGCGAGCAGCAGCUGGUCGCCUGCAAACACUGUCCCGCCACCUUCCUCGGCUCUCCGGGCCUGACGAGGCACAUGAACAAGUGCCAUCCCGGAGACAACAUGCACGUCAUCAUGCACAUGGCCGUCAGACACGGAGAAGUCCGACUUUCUUCUUCUACUCACCCGUGACCGGCCGGAGGCAACAUUAGCUGCAGCUACGGACACGGGAGAGGAACGCAACGCAACGCAACGCAACGGGGCAGGGCAGGUUGUCGACACUCCGUUAGGCCCGUCCGGGACUGACAGUGACAGGAGCUCGAAAAAUGACUCUUGUAUUUCUGCUAGGUGGGAACCCGAAUUUGUCAAAACGCUUUCUAUCGUAACCUGUAAGGCAGCAUUCAAACUCGUAUCGACAGCUGGCGAAAUAUUUGCAUCAAAAAACACGUCCAGACCAAGAAUAUAAAAGAGGUGAAUAAAAACAUGAAAGACGGCGCUUUACAAUUGCUGGUUGCCGUAUUUUGCCCCAGUCAUGCAGCUAAGCUUAGCUCCGUUAGAUACAGUGCCAAAAAAACUAAACAAAACAGAAGUACAAUAACAAACAUCAAUUGUCAACAUAAUGUUAAUCGAACACUGAUGGAUACGGCCAUUACACGAUCCAAAACAAGCAAAUCAAAUAAAAAGACUCAACGCACGUGCACACACACGUACGAGAGGAGCAGUGAACUAUCCGCGGUGCUGAAACCGCUGCUAGAAUACUAGAAAUGACACAUGCAUUACAUUUGUGGUUACGUUUUCUUACAAAGUAAACUUUUUUUUGGGGCACAGUACAUGGAUGAAAUGAAUAAUCUUAUUUGCCAUAAUUUGCCUUUCAUAUUAAAUGUGCCAAUUGACCAAUACAAUAUUUUCAUACAGAAAUGGAAACCAAUAAGUCCUAUAGUAAAAUAUCUCGACGGGGUAUGAACCGCUGCCGGCCGCAGACAUUUUUGAUGCCCCAGACGUUGUAUGUGAUUGAAUCCAGUGCGUAUAUAUUUAAUAUGUUUAAUGUGACAUAAGUGUCAAUAAACACUCCUGCUAAUUGA